GCAAUUGAAAUCGUAAGUUUCAAUAACAAUCAGAAACAAUGUUUUCAUUGCAACUAAUAUUUAUUAGUAGUUAAUUUUCAAUCUGCAAAUUUAAAAACAAUAUGAAAGGCUUAAUUAAUUUCUUGAUUGUGUCUUUUUCAAUUUACUCAAUAGUUAAAGCUGAUGGCAGUGAUGAUCCUGAUCUUAACAGGACAAUUAACGAACUUAUUGAAUCUCGAGGUUUUAAAUAUGAAACUCAUUACAUAGUGACUAAAGAUUUAUAUAUUCUUGGUGUUUAUCGUCUAAUAAAUCCAUUUGUUAAACAAGAAGAUCGAUCUAAAUUAAAGCCAAUUGUGCUUCAACAUGGUUUCAUGGGAUGUGCUGUUGACUUUUUAAUAAACGCGCCUGGAGGUAAUGCGAUCCCUUGUCAGGUGUCAGAUGCUUACACUUUAUCCAAUCUUAACGGAACAAUAACAAACAAUUUAGGCUUUCUAUUGUCCAAUUUAUGCUACGAUGUUUGGCUAUCCAAUUCAAGAGGUAAUUUGUAUUCACGGAAUCACACAAUUUAUGAUCCAGAUAAAGACAAACAAUUUUGGGAAUUUAGCUUCGAUGAAAUGAUUGAUUAUGAUACUCCAGCAAUUAUCGGUCAUGUUUUGAACACAACUGGGUUUGCAAGCCUGGGAUGGAUUGGUCAUUCUCAAGGAACUCUCAUGAUGUUUGGAUUGCUAGCCGAUCAACCACAUUACUCUUUGAUGGUUAAACCUUUCAUCGCCAUGGCCCCAGUCUGCUUUGUGGACAAUAUAAUGUUAUCAUUAAGGAUAGCUUCUCGUGUUCCUUUUGUCCUUUGGGGUUUACGUAGAUCGGUUGGUGAAUUGAAUGAAAACACUCUAAUCUUAAAGUUGACCGAGCAAGUUGCUUGUGGUCGAUGGGAACCCAAAGUCUGUGAAAAACUUAUUUACCCUUUAAUGGGUUAUAAUCUAGAAGAGUUGAAUUCAAGUCGAGUUGAUGUUUACCGAGCUCAUGGAUAUGCUGGUUCAUCCGUUUGGAAUCUGGUUCAUUUUGGUCAAAAUAUUGUGGCUGGUGAUUUCAAAAGAUUUGACUAUGGAACCAGUGAAAAUAUUAAAAGAUAUAAUGGCCCUAGUCCACCCAAAUUCCCUCUCACACAAAUUAAUUCAACACAAGUUGCACUAAUUUACUCUAAAAGUGACCAGUUAGGUGAUAACAAAGAUGUAGCACGUCUUAUAGACACAAUCAAAGUGCCUUUGCUGAGAGACUAUUUCGUUCCAUUACCUUCAUGGAAUCAUUUGGAUUUCAUUUACGGCAAAGAUAUUUACACCUAUGUUCAUCAAGAAAUUUUGAAAAUUUUACAAUCAACUUAUUAAAGAUUUAGGUUAAAUAAUAAUAAACAAAAUUUAAAGCAUUAAUAUGACAUAUAAACUACUACAACUAUUCGAGCUGAUAAUCAAUAUUAAAGCAACACCUGUUACCAGGUGACAAAAUGACAUUCCUUUUA